AUGUCUGCGGCCCCACCCCACAGUGUCGUCCAUCUCGAGGCCCUCUCCUCGUCCUUCGGCUGGGCGCUGCAGCAGCGCUUUGUGCAGGUCUACUCGCUCAAGGAGCAGCGCUUCGUGCAGGUGUACUCGCUCAAGGAGGUGGCAGCAGCAACCAACAACUGGGACGAGGAGAGGGUGCUGGGGCAGGGCGGGUACGGGCGGGUGUAUCUGGGGGAGGGCCCUCACGGCGUGCAGUGGGCGGUUAAAAGGCUGGAGGCGAGAUCUACAGCCAAAGGGCUACAGGACUUCCGGAACGAGGUGUGUAGACCAACCACCGCAACGCAACCUGACGACUCUUUUAUCCAGUUCGGACAUUCUAUGCUCAUUAGAAUGUCUUUCCUCUCCCUUCCCCCCCUCCUCCCCCUUCCUCCACCCUCGUCCUCUCCCACGUGUGCUGGGCAGGUGGAGCUGAUAUCGCAGACCAACCACCGCAACCUGGUGAAGCUGCUGGGCUUCUGUGACGACCAGGGCGAGCAGAUCCUGGUUUAUGAGUUUGUGCCCAAUGGGAACUUGCGGCAACACCUACGCCCAUCCAAAGCACCCCUUUUAACCCCUUGGCUCCCAUCUCCCAUCUCCCCAGCGGCUCUAGAGCACCCCGACGCACACAAGCUAGGGCUCACCUUCCUGCAGCGAGUGGAUGUGGCGGUGGGGGCAGCGGAGGGGCUGCGGUACCUGCACAACUUCACCACGCCCUCCGUGGUGCACCGCGAUGUGAAGAGCGAAAACAUCCUGCUCGAUGAGAACAUGCAGCCCAAGGUGGCAGAUUUUGGGUUCUUCAAGAACAUGCCCAAGGUGGCGGAUUUCGGGUUUUUCAAGAACAUGGUGGACGGAGCGAGUGGCGGCAAGGGCGCAUCUGAGGCAGUGAGCACGCGAGUGCUGGGCACGCCGGGCUAUGUGGACCCUGAAUACUACUACACGUGCAAGGUCACCACCAAAUGCGAUGUCUAUAGCUUUGGAGUGGUGCUGUGGGAGCUGAUCACGGGCAAGUCGCCCAUUCUCGAGGUGGAGGACCCCGAGUCAGGCCCGGGGGAUGGGCCCUGCUUCAUGCAGCUGCCCAUUUGGGCGAUCAUGUAUCUGAAGAAGGGCAACCUAGAAGAAAUAGUGGAUCCAGCAUUUAAAGGCGAUUAUGACAAGGAGGCGAUUAAAGCCAUGGCGGAGAUAGCCGACAAGUGCACUAGAGACAAGGCGCGCCACCGACCCGAGAUGACUGACGCGCUGACGUGGCUGGUGGAGAUCCAACGGCGCCUCAAGCGCGAGAGCGACCCCAGCUAUGUAUCUGAGCCGUCCACUCCCGUGGCUGGGAGCAGGGGCGCGGGCGGGGGAGGGGAUGCGGUGUUAGAGCUGGCUGGAGUUGGGGGGGCGGAUUCAUUGGUGCUGCACUCGACCACGCACCAGCCACCCAUCUCCACCAACUUUGAGGGGCGGUGA